AUGGAGGUUCGUUCCAAGACUGGUGACGUUACUGCUAGUGUCUUGCAUGACCGCGGGAAGCCGCCUGACCCGCUGAACAGUUUUGCUAAUAAACCAACCGACCUAGAUGGAUCUGAUUACUUGAAUGAAACGGUGGGUGAGGAGAUACCUACACCGGGUACAGCACCAAUUCGUGGGAUUGGGUUACGAGUUACUAACAUUGAAGGCAACCCUCUACUUCCGAGAAGAGGUAUGUUUUCUACGUCGAAUGUAUCGGUUUUGGAUGGGUUGAUGAAUAUUUCUAAACCUGUGGAAAACUUGUUUGCUGCUGGAGCAUCUUUGUCGUCGACUAGCAAGGAUGAUAAUGCUGGUCAGUGCCAGGAGAUGCCUUCGUUUGCUAAUGUGGUCCAAGGGAAUAAGGCGGAUGUUAAAGUGAAUUUUCGUUCCUUAGAGACGAGUGAGAAACAGGAUGGGUGUGAUGUGGUCCUUUCUAGGGAAUCGGUCAAAGUUGUGCAUGAUAAGCUUGCUAACACGCUAUAUGGGUAUUUCUUGGGGGACCGGGUUGCUUUUCCCGUGGUGGACUAUUUUGUUAGAAAUAAUUGGAAGCGGUAUGGAUUGCAAAAGUCAAUGAUGAAUGCCAACGGCUUUUUCUUCUUUAAAUUUGCUGAUCAAGCAGGUAUGCAAAAGGUUCUUACUGAGGGGCCAUGGAUUAUUCGUUCACAGCCGUUAUUUUUAGAAGUGUGGUCGCCAUCGUUAAAGCUUGAGAAAAAAGAAGUGAAAACGGUUCAGGUUUGGGUAAAAUUCCAUGAGGUUCCUCUAGCGGCAUAUACGGAGGAUGGUUUAAGUCUAAUUGCUACAACCAUUGGUGUGCCAAAGGCUUUGGAUUCGUUCACCACGUCUAUGUGCGUUGAUGGUUGGGGGAGAAGCAGCUAUGCUCGGGCCCUGGUAGAAAUUUCAGCAGAUUCUGAACUGAAAGAAGAGUUAACGAUUGCGGUUCCUUGUCUUGAUGGGGAUGGGUUUGUAAAGGAGAAGGUCUACGUUGAAUAUGAGUGGUGUCCUCAUAGGUGUGGCCGAUGCUGUGUUUUCGGGCACACCCAUGAAAAUUGUCCUCUGCAGGCUCCUAGAGUGUCAAAAGAUAAAAAACAACAACAUAAGGGUCCGGGUUAUGAUAGAAAGAUGAAGCAGCCGGUUCAGGAUCCUGGUCCGUCAAAGAGACAAUCUACUGUGGAUGACGAUGGGUAUACUACUGUGCUAGGGAAGAAGGCAGCGAAAAAAGUGGGUUUUAAUGUCAAUAAGCCGAAGCCAAAAUUUGAAUAUCGCCCAGUUUCUACUAAUCGGAAAGAUAACGGGAAGUCUAAAUCGGAAUCAACCAAUGUGGUGUCUCAAAAUCCUUUUGAUGUUUUGAAUGAAGUGAAUGAGGAGCAAGGCCAAAGUAGUAAAGCGGCUGGAGAUGGUAAUGAUCCGAGUGCUAAUGAGGAGCCGGAUGGGGGUAGGCAAGAUCCGGCCCAAGUAAAUCUGGAUGACGAUGAGCUUGUUGAUGAUUUUUACGAAGCGGAUGGCUAUGAAAUGGAUGGUUUUUUGAGGCAAGGUACUAUUAACACUAAAAAAGGGGCAAGCACUCCUUCUUCAUCGGUCCUCAAUGAAUCUCAUGUGGAGGUGAGUAAUCUGCCUAAAGUGUGUAAGGCUGUUUUUCGGUGGUGGAACUGGACGUCGAAUGGGGGCCAUUGUGUGAAGGGUACGCGUAUUAUUGUUGGUUGGAAUCCGGCUAUUCUUGAUGUUAUGGUGCUUUCGGAGACUGAUCAGGUUAUGCAUCUCCAAAUAAUUCUAAAACAGUCUAAGAAAAUGUUUUUUUGUUCGGUAAUUUAUGCAGCAAACUACUACAUUAGUCGGAGGGAUUUGUGGAAACAACUUUCUUUGCAUAAGAAUUUUGUUUGUAAUGAACCUUGGGUUAUUCUAGGUGAUUUUAAUUCGGCGUUGAAUCUUGAGGAUAAAUCUAUGGGUUGUUCCUCGGUGUCCCUGAGCAUGAAAGAGUUUCAAGAGUGUGUGGAUGAAAUUGAGAUGGUUGAUAUAAAACGCACUGGUAUCCAUUUCACGUGGAAUCAGAAACCAAAGAAAGGGAUUGGGCUAAUGAAAAAGAUAGACAGAGUUAUGGGAAAUUCUCAUUUUAUAGAUAAGUUUCCGAGUGCUUUUGCUGAUUUUCAUCCUUCUCGGUUAUCGGAUCAUUGCUCGUGUGUGGUUAGCGUCCCGGAUAUGGAAAAUAGAAAACACCGGCCUUUUAAAUUUGCUAAUUUUCUGGCUUAUAAACCUGAUUUUUUGCCGAUUGUGGAGAAGGGGUGGGGUAUGUCCAUUGAUGGAGUGUAUCAAUUUUCGGUUGUUAAAAAACUCCGUCUGUUGAAAUCUCCGUUACGUGCGUUGCUUUAUCACCAAGGUAACUUGCAUAAAAAAGUUGAAGAGCUUAGAGUUAAGCUUGACCGUAUUCAGCGUGAUAUGGAUAACGAUCCGUCUAGUCUUAUGCUGCGUGAGGAGGAAGCUAUUACUAGAAGUGAUUUUCAAACCGCGUUGUUAGACGAAGAGAGGUUUUUGAAGCAAAAAUCUAAAGUGGACUGGUUAGCGGCUGGGGAUAUGAAUACGGCCUUUUUCCACUCGACACUCAAGAACAGAGUUCACUAUAGCCGUAUUGAGGUGAUUCGUGAUGUUCGAGGGAAUGUUUAUACGGAUGAGAUGGUUUCGGGAGCUUUUGUUGAUCACUAUGAGCACUUUUUGGGCUGCCCGGGUAAUCCGACUAUUAGUCCGACUCCUGAAUUGUUUUCUAAAAGUUAG